AUGCUGUGGAUGAAGCUGGCGGCGUCUCUCGCUGAAGUUGGCGUCGAUCCUGAGAUGGCCCAUGUUCAGCAGACUGUACCUGCAUCUGUCCGGGAUCAGCACCACGCUCCCACUCACAUCCACCAGCAGGGGGCCCAGCACGCAGCACAGGCUGUCCCACACACAGCUGCAACACAACACAGCUGUCUGCAUGUGGCCACAGCCGCUACUCACGGUUCUUCCAAACGAGUCACAGUUGGAGCUGAUGCAGGUCUUCGGAUCAACACUGAUCAAAGUGUUUGGAUUGAUUAUGGAAUCUGGAACCAAACAGACCAUUCACCUCCUCCUGAAGGAGCAGACUCACCUCCUCCUGGAGGAGCAGACUCACCUCCUCCUAAAAGAGCAGACUCACCUCCUCCUGAAGGAGCAGACUCACCUCCUCCUGAAGGAGCAGACUCACCUCCUCCUGAAGGAGCAGACUCACCUCCUCCUGGAGGAGCAGACUCACCUCCUCCUGGAGGAGCAGACUCACCUCCUCCUGGAGGAGCAGACUCACCUCCUCCUGGAGGAGCAGACUCACCUCCUCCUGGAGGAGCAGACUCACCUCCUCCUGAAGGAGCAGACUCACCUCCUCCUGGAGGAGCAGACUCACCUCCUCCUGAAGGAGCAGACUCACCUCCUCCUGGAGGAGCAGACUCACCUCCUCCUGAAGGAGCAGACUCACCUCCUCCUGGAGGAGCAGACUCACCUCCUCCUAAAAGAGCAGACUCACCUCCUCCUGAGGGAGCAGACUCACCUCCUCCUGGAGGAGCAGACUCACCUCCUCCUAAAAGAGCAGACUCACCUCCUCCUGAAGGAGCAGACUCACCUCCUCCUGAAGGAGCAGACUCACCUCCUCCUGGAGGAGCAGACUCACCUCCUCCUGGAGGAGCAGACUCACCUCCUCCUGGAGGAGCAGACUCACCUCCUCCUGAAGGAGCAGACUCAUCUCCUCCUGGAGGAGCAGACUCACCUCCUCCUGAAGGAGCAGACUCACCUCCUCCUGGAGGAGCAGACUCACCUCCUCCUGAAGGAGCAGACUCACCUCCUCCUGGAGGAGCAGACUCACCUCCUCCUAAAAGAGCAGACUCACCUCCUCCUGAAGGAGCAGACUCACCUCCUCCUGAAGGAGCAGACUCACCUCCUCCUGGAGGAGCAGACUCACCUCCUCCUGGAGGAGCAGACUCACCUCCUCCUGGAGGAGCAGACUCACCUCCUCCUGGAGGAGCAGACUCACCUCCUCCUGAAGGAGCAGACUCACCUCCUCCUGAAGGAGCAGACUCACCUCCUCCUGGAGGAGCAGACUCACCUCCUCCUGAAGGAGCAGACUCACCUCCUCCUAAAAGAGCAGACUCACCUGCUCCUGGAGGAGCAGACUCACCUCCUCCUGAAGGAGCAGACUCACCUCCUCCUGAAGGAGCAGACUCACCUCCUCCUGGAGGAGCAGACUCACCUCCUCCUAAAGGAGCAGACUCACCUCCUCCUAAAGGAGCAGACUCACCUCCUCCUGGAGGAGCAGACUCACCUCCUCCUAAAGGAGCAGACUCACCUCCUCCUGAAGGAGCAGACUCACCUCCUCCUGGAGGAGCAGACUCACCUCCUCCUGAAGGAGCAGACUCACCUCCUCCUGGAGGAGCAGACUCACCUCCUCCUAAAGGAGCAGACUCACCUCCUCCUAAAGGAGCAGACUCACCUCCUCCUGUAGGAGCAGACUCACCUCCUCCUGGAGGAGCAGACUCACCUCCUCCUAAAGGAGCAGACUCACCUCCUCCUGAAGGAGCAGACUCACCUCCUCCUGAAGGAGCAGACUCACCUCCUCCUGGAGGAGCAGACUCACCUCCUCCUAAAGGAACAGACUCACCUCCUCCUAAAGGAGCAGACUCACCUCCUCCUGGAGAAGCAGACUCACCUCCUCCUAAAGGAGCAGACUCACCUCCUCCUGAAGGAGCAGACUCACCUCCUCCUGGAGGAGCAGACUCACCUCCUCCUAAAGGAGCAGACUCACCUCCUCCUGAAGGAGCAGACUCACCUCCUCCUGGAGGAGCAGACUCACCUCCUCCUAAAGGAGCAGACUCACCUCCUCCUGGAGGAGCAGACUCACCUCCUCCUAAAAGAGCAGACUCACCUCCUCCUGAAGGAGCAGACUCACCUCCUCCUGAAGGAGCAGACUCACCUGCUCCUGGAGGAGCAGACUCACCUCCUCCUGAAGGAGCAGACUCACCUCCUCCUAAAGGAGCAGACUCACCUCCUCCUAAAGGAGCAGACUCACCUCCUCCUGAAGGAGCAGACUCACCUCCUCCUGGAGGAGCAGACUCACCUCCUCCUGAAGGAGCAGACUCACCUCCUCCUGAAGGAGCAGACUCACCUCCUCCUAAAGGAGCAGACUCACCUCCUCCUGGAGGAGCAGACUCACCUCCUCCUGGAGGAGCAGACUCACCUCCUCCUAAAGGAGCAGACUCACCUCCUCCUGGAGGAGCAGACUCACCUCCUCCUGGAGGAGCAGACUCACCUCCUCCUAAAGGAGCAGACUCACCUCCUCCUGGAGGAGCAGACUCACCUCCUCCUAAAGGAGCAGACUCACCUCCUCCUGGAGGACGACGUUGA